AGAUGAACUAUUGCUGAGGUUUAUUUUUGCGCGUUCCGUGGGAACGUGAGGCCUGCACCUACCCAACUCCUUUCACAGGCUUGGUCCAGAGCCAGCAACCGAUCAUUCCCGUGAGACAGAAUAGCCGGGGGAGGCAGUGCAGGGAGAUACCACAGUUCUUGCUCCAGGGGAUAAUCUUUAAGAAGUCGAGUAUCCGCUACCAAGACUAGAAUCGGGCAGUACAUCUUAUUUAUCUGCGGAACACUAGCAUAUAAUGACUCGAAUAUGGAGUAUCCCGAAUCCCUCGAUCUCGACAAGCUCGACCCUAUCAGUCCGCACGAACUACACCUCGCCGAUGGCACAGAUCCCGCCCGUCCGACCCUCUUCGCCAUCAAGGGGAUAGUCUUCGAUGUGAGCAGGAAUCCCGCUUUCGCGCCGGGGGGGUGUUAUCACGAAUAUGCGGGGAAAGAUCCUUCGCAUGCACUGGCUCGAUCAUCCUUCCAAAAGUCAUCGUGCACAGCUGAGUUCCACCACCUCGGGGAGCAAGAGCAGACGAUCCUCAAUGAGUGGUUUGAGUUCUAUAAGAAGCGGUACAGGAUUGUGGGGAAAGUGUCAUGUGACAGCCAGAAUGAUCAGUCUUGCUGUGAGACUCUGAUUCGAGAUGAUAAUAUGUUCUGAGUGCUCUAAAUCAUUCAAAUUAGUUCCAAUGUAAAUCAUUUUCU